AUGUGGGACCCAGUGUAUGGAGAAGCCGUUCCACUGGUUGAUCUGGGAGCCAGCAUCAAUGAGUUAAAGGUGACGUGGGCAGAUACAGAACCAGUUUACCGUAACAGAGUCAGACUGGACCCACACACUGGUUCAUUAGAGUUACUGAGUCUGACUGUGAGUGACCGUGGAGAGUACACAGUGACCAUAACCAAAACUCCUGCUGAUCCAGAGCUGACAGACAAAACUACACUAGUCGUGAUUGAGAGAAUAUCUGGAGUUUCCAUCACUGGUCCAACAGAACCCCUAAUAGAAGAUCAAAGUUCUGCUGAUUUAACCUGUGAGGGAACUGGCUCCAUCAUCACCACAGAAUGGAUGAAGGAUGGUCAACCUCUGUAUUCUAGCAACAGCAUCAUCUUCUCUGCUGAUCUGAGAUCAGUGUCCAUCGGUCCAGUGAAGAGAUCAGACAGUGGAGAAUACCAGUGUAGACUCAGUAACCCUGUCAGCUCUGACACUGCAACCUACACAAUGACUAUUAACACCAUCCCAUGAUGCCUCAUGGGACCAGAGAAUGUAGCCAUCAGUGGACAGAAUGAGGUGGAGGUGGGGUCAAAGGUGACUCUGACAUGCUCUGCUGAAUCCACACCUCCUGCCUCCUUCAUCUGGAUGUUGAAUGGAAGAGAAACAGGAGAAACUACAGCCUCAUAUUCCAUAGACAGGAUUAACUCCACACACAGUGGGAAUUACACCUGCACAUCCUGGAACAGUGUCACCUCACUCAACACAACAAUCAAGAUGACCCUGUCUGUGGGAACCAGAACUAAGUCCCUGGUUCUUCUCGGUUGGUGA